AUGACGAUCAAAUGUUGCCAGGUGGAAUGCAAAACCUCUGGUUUCAAGUUCGCUGGCGUUGAGUAUGACAAAGGACAAAUCUCCUCCGGACAGCAAAAAGAGUUUGCAAAUGGAAUAAUCACCAGUCCUUCCGGCUGCGAGAAGCCAUUAGCGAUGCAAUGCGAAGGGGACAAUACACAAGUUUGCGGCACAGGAAAUCGAGUCAACGUCUAUUCGUAUGGGCCCAUCCCCAGCACUUCCGGCACUCCAAGCUUGCCGGCUCUAUCAAUUGCUACCAGCUUUCCUGGACUUCCAAGCCUCUCAACUGCUCCAGAUACUCCCAGCCUCCCAACUGUCCCCGACUUUACAAGAACCCCAAGCCUCUCGUCUGUUUCUGGUACUCCAAGCCUUCCUGGGACUCCAGACUCCCCAACUGUUCCAAGAACUUCACGCCUGUCCGAUCUCCCGAUUGCUCCAAGCGCCCCCGACGUGCCUGAAGUUUCCAGCACUCCAAAAUAA